AUGGCGCGCGCCAACAACAUCGGCCGAGCAAAGAAGGCUGGAAACAACCGAAAGCCAGGCCCCAACACGAAGUCACCAAAAAGCAACGCCUGGCCGCCUUCGAAGUUCUUUAAACUAUUCCUUGUUAUAUACUGCCUUCUCUUCCUGGUCAUCGCUAUACACAAGUUCUACUUUUCUAAGGCUGCCCGGGCCACCGCUCCGAUACCCCAAAUUUAA